CCGGGCUUGGGGGUGGUAGGGAGGUGGAAACGGGACAUUGGCUACCUUAUAAAGAGCCUGACCCUUGUUCUAGGCUGAUAAUCAGAGACAGAUCUGGGGCUUCAGUUCUCCCAGCUAUCAUGGGUACCAGGAGCCGCCCCACGCUUACCUUCCUGCUGCUGCUGCUGGCGCUGGCCUUAGCAGCUCAGGCUGCCAGGCCCCGAUUUCGACGAGAGGAGAGCCCUGGCCUGCUGAGCAAGGUCCAGAGCAGCAUCUUUGAUUACUGGGAGUCUGCUAAAGCCAAGGCCCAGGAACUCUACGAGAAAGUCCAGAUACCCAGAGUUGAUGAGAACCUCAGGCACGUCUAUGACAAGGGCUCAGAGGCUAUGACCACAUACACUGGGAUUCUGACAGAUCAGAUCUUUCACAUCCUAAAGGGGGAGCAAUGAUAAGCCAAUGAAUUCUGGGUCCACCUUGUCUCCUCCAUCUUUCCCCAACUCAGGCAGAUCCAGCCUGAGGCAUCAUUCCCAGACUCUCCCCGCUAAUAAAACUGUCUAUAAAAGUGA